GCAUGCCCGCCCCGUCCGUAAUCGGGGCAGCGCGGCGGGUCGCGGCCAUGUGGGUGUUCGGCUACGGCUCCCUCAUCUGGAAGGUUGACUUCCCCUACCAGGAGAAGAUGGUGGGGCGCAUCCGCGGUUACAGCCGGCGGUUCUGGCAGGGCAGCACCGACCACCGCGGCGUGCCGGGCAAGCCUGGAAGAGUUGUGACUCUGGUUGAAGACCCUGAGGGCUGUGUGUGGGGCGUUGCUUACAGACUGCCAGCUGGACAAGAAUGCGAAGUCAAGGCGUACCUGGAUUUCAGAGAGAAGGGAGGCUACAGGACUACAACCGUUGUUUUCUACCCAAAGGACUCGUCAGUCAAACCCUUUGAUGUACUGCUGUACAUCGGCACUCGCGACAACCCCAACUACCUCGGCGCUGCGCCUCUGCAGGAGAUUGCUGAGCAGAUCGUCGACGCCGUCGGUCCCAGCGGAAGAAACACGGAAUACCUGUUUGAACUCGCUAAUUCCAUGAGAAAUCUUGUACCAGACGAUGAAGACGAGCAUCUCUUCUCCUUAGAGAAACUAGUAAAGGAACUCCUGGAAAAAGAACGAAGCCUAAACUGCCUAUAGAAGAACUUCUUUCGGCGGUAUUGCUUCGUCUUCAGAGGAAUGGUUUCGUUGCACAGUGGGUAUAUGACUUGGAGGCGUAUUGCUCUGUA